GCCGCGAGAGGGCGCCAUCGCGCGGCGGCGGCGGCGGUGUGGGGUGGCCAUGGCCCGGUGGGGCCCCGCUCAGGAGCCCGAGUGGGGGCCCGACGCCUGGCAGCCGCUCCCCCCGCAGCCCCCCGGCCCCGUCGCCGUCCCCUCCGAAGGGGCGAAGCGGCCGCCGGCGGUGCACGAGAUCUCGCUGUGGACGGUGGUGGCGGCGGUGCAGGCGGUGGAGCGGAAGGUGGAGGCACAGGCCGUGCGGCUGCUGAGCCUGGAGGGCCGCGCGGAGACGGCCGAGAAGAAAAUGUCGGAGCUGGAGAAGGCCGUGCUGGAGGUCGGCGGGCAGCUGGAGCGCCGCUGGGCCGCGCUGAGCGCCCUGCUGAGGGACAGCGCGAGGCGGCUGGAGCACGUCGAGAGGCAGCUGCGGAACAGAGCCGGCUGGGUGCCGCGGAACGGGCUGGGAACCGGCGGGGAUGAGCCUCAGGUCCCUGCGUCAGGUGAGGACGAUGCUGCCUGUUUGGCAGAGCAGGAGUGGGGCGGUGUGGACAGCCGGCAGCAGGAGCUGUACAGGAUGGAAGUGAAGGGGAGCUACGAGGCUGUGGUCUCUCUCGGGCCCGGGGACGCCAGUUCCAAAUCUGCUCUGCUGUUGCCAACUGAGGAUGGGGAGGAUUCAGCUUCCAGGACCCACGGGCUGCUGGAGGAGGGAGCUGUGUUGGGGCACGGUGGUGGCGGUGAGAAGAUCGUGAUCAAGACAGAAGAGCAGCAGCCGCAGGAGGAAGGACUGGAAAUGCUGGCUCUGCCACAGGUGUCCUCUGUGAGGCUGGAAGAGGAGGUUCCCCUGGGCCAGGAGCCGCCGGUGCCUUGGGAGAGCCACGCCGUCAUGGACGAGCAGAAGGCGGCAGCAGAGGGCUUAGGGGAGCUCUGCAAACACGGGGCUGCUCAGCCUGACUUCAAACCUGCGGUCAUCCCAGUGGAAGCUCGCCCAGCCCCGGCCUUGCAUUUCGCAUCAGAACAGGGGCACGGCGCGGAGACCGAGCAGCCAUUCGCUCUGCCCCAGGGGAUGCUGCUGGGGGAGGACACCGCCACAGAGGCCGCCUCGACGCAGGCUGGCACAGAGGAGCACGGCCCGCCUGGCGCGGGGGAUGAACCCCGUGUGCCGCCACCACCGGGCUGGAAGAACGUCCGGCUGAAACGCAGCCUCCUGGCGCGGCAGCAGAGCCACGCGAGGAAGAGCAACGGCUCCUUCAUCUGCACGGCCUGCGGGAAGAGCCUGGCCCACCACGCCGCUCUGCUGCGGCACCAGCGCCUGCACACGGGAGAGCGGCCCUUCCAGUGCCCUGCCUGCGGGAAGAGCUUCAACGAGAAAUCCAACCUCAACAAACACUACCGCAUCCACACCGGGGAGCGGCCCUACUGCUGCCCCGCCUGCGGCAAGGGCUUCAUCCAGAAGCACCACCUGCAGAAACACCAACGCAUCCACGGGGUGCAGCUGCGGGGCGGCUGGGCGGGACGGCCGCGUGCCAGCGCAGCCGGGGAGCGGCUCUACCGCUGCAUCGAGUGCACGGAGAGCUUCCCCAUGCAGACGUUGCUGGAGGAGCACCAGCGCCGGCACACCCAGCAGCGGCCCUUCCAGUGCAGCGGCUGCAGCAAGAGCUUCCGCCACCGGCAGUCCUUGAACCACCACCAGAAGGUCCACGCCGUGGCCAACGCUCCCGCUGCCAGCUUGCCAAACCGCGGGCCGGGGACGGACCGCUGCAAGCCGCUGACCCAGGAUAAUCCGUAGCACGAGGGCUGCAGAUGGGAUGGAAGGGGCGGCGUUUCUGCAGGCGGAGAGGUGCGGCAGCCUGCGGUGGAGGGCAGCCGGCAUCACAGCCCCACGGGGAUGAGGAUGGAGCCGGCUGAUCCACUGCGUGAGCACGAGGAGACCGAGUGGCCCUGGACCCACCGGAGCCGGUCUGGUGGUAGGGCUGAGCUGGGCUGUGCUGCUACCCGGUGGAAAAAGGCUGAGCCAAAGAGCAGCUCGGUGUGUUGGGCACUGUGGGACGGGGAGCGGAGCGCUUGAAAUCAGGGUUACUUCAGUUCGUAACAGCGUUGAGGUUGGCUGGGGAGUGCGGGUGCCCAGGGAGAGGCUGUUGUUGCUGGGACAACCGGAGUCACCGUACAAACGGGGAGAGGUUUGGAUAAAGGAUUGGACUGA